AUGUUAUUGAAAAGAGAUUUCCUGCGUGGAAGCUUGUCUCCGUGCCACAGCUACGACACGGCCACUUUCUUGCUCCUGGGUUUUCUCAUUGCUUUCUACAUGCUGGCUGGAGCCGCUGUUUUUUCUGCUUUGGAGAGAUCGGCUGAGCUGCAGGCCCAUCGGCUCUGGAAGAAGAGGCUGAGGGACUUCAGCCAAGAUUUCAACAUCAGCUCCGAAUCCUUGAAAUCUCUGCUGCGUCACUAUGAAGAGGCCAGGACAGCAGGGAUCCGGACUGAACCGGGCAGAGCCCUGUGGGACAUUCCAGGAGCCUUCUACUUUGUGGGAACUGUGGUGUCCACCAUUGGUUUCGGAGUGUCUGCCCCAUCGACAACAACUGGGAAGGUCCUGAUAGUUAUCUACGGUCUGUUUGGCUGCCCAGCAACGAUACUUUUCUUUAACCUGUUCCUGGAGAGAGUUGUGUCAGCGCUGAGCCUUUUCACAACCUGGCGGCAUCAUACUGGAUCCAUCAGCUCGCAGGGAAAAGAGAGUUACGGUGUAUCGAAGCCGUCUGUAUACUGCAUCGCCACGGCACUGUUUCUCGCCGUCCUCGUGGUUUCAUGCGUUUUCGGCCUGAUUUAUUCAGUGAUGGAGGGCUGGAGUUACCUGGAGUCCCUGUACUUCUGCUUCGUGGCCUUCAGCACCGUGGGAUUCGGCGACUUAGUCAGCAGUCAGAGAGAACAACACGAAAACAUCCUGGUGUACCAGGUGGCCAAUUGCCUCAUGAUGCUUUUUGGAGUGUGCUGCACUAACUCUCUGUUCAAUAUCAUCUCCGUGAUCAUCAGACAAGGACUGAACGGCCUAAUCAAACGGUUAAACGGAACCUGUUUGGAAACAUCGUGA